AUGGCAAAGGGCUACAUCAGCAUUGACUUCGGGACUGGAGGCACCCGAAUGGGAUGGUUCAACAAAAACGAUAAAUGCCGUACACAGAUUGGAAACUAUCCAGGGGCACAAGCAGGAACACCCUCUCUCGUUCUACAAGCACCGUCAGAUAUCGUAUAUAAACGGAACGGCGAGGGAACAGCGAUUCCCGUAGCAUUUGGCUACACCAGACCACGCAAAGGCCUAGGCGAAAUACUUGUAUUUAAAGUGAAGCUUGCUCUUCUACCUCACUCAGGAGACUACGAUUAUGCUCAAAAUUCCUUGAAAGAUGCUUCCGACACCCUCAAAUUGGGAUCUACGCAACAAAUCAGAGGACUUUCUCAAAUUUGCAAUCGAGCACGCCACGAAGGAAUGUGGUGGACAGCCUACGGAAGGUUGGGUCGUCUCGGUACCUCAAUCUUACGGGAUUGAUGAGGUACAGAGCUUUCGAGCAAUGAUCCAGAGAGCGGGCGGCCUUGGUGACAUUUAUAUACAUGGCGAAAGUGACUGCGUUACUUAUGCUCAUCUAACAUCGAUAGAGGAGAACAUUAGGCUGGUAAAGAAGGAGACCUUUGGAAAGAGGCAGAACUUGACAGUUGCGGUGGGAGUAAUCGACCUCGGCGCUGGCACAGCGGUAUGUGAUUCCUGUCAUAUAGGAGGUGGACUAACGGUCUCUAACUAGGAUGUGACGACUUCCGAAAUAUGUUUUAAAAGAGACGGCACCGCUCCCACGAUCAACGAAUUAAGAGCACCACUAGGUAUUCUAUAAUGUUCAAGCGUAUGGGAUUCGAGCUGACAAUCUCUAUAGGUUUUGCAAUUGGAGGGGAUUUGUUUGAUGACCGAUUUAUUGAAGUCUUGCGUGCUAAGUUUGGGAUCCAGCUAUCCCCGGAGGCGGAAAAGGUCAUCUUUGAACCGUUCGUUGACUACUUUCACCAGUGCUCAAAGCCGCAGUGGUCACUAUACAAUAACGAAGACGACGAGUAUCCAUUUCUUGUGCCAGAAGGCGCCCCCCGUUUCGUGCUGACAGUGUGAGUCUUUGCAAUAUAACGAUUCGCAGUCUUAACCCCUAACUCGAUCACAGGGAGGAUAUGGCUUAUAUUAUGAAGCCACCAAUUAUCGAAACUUGCCGACGAAUUAGCAAUCAUCUCGGUGAACUAAAGCACUCUCUACAGCUUGUUGUAGUCUCGGGCGGAAAUUCUGAAGUGGCUGGGAUGAUGCCUCUUAUGAGAGUCAUGCUAAAGACGAUGAACAUUGUCAGCGCCGACUAACAAAUCAUUCACUUGGCCGGACAGUCAUCGUGAGUACAAUCCAAUGGGCCUUACGUCAAGUCAAGACUGACAGAGUUCUAAUAGAAAUGCUGUGGUACGUGGUCUCCACUUCUGGAUGACCAAUCCCGAUCUCGUUGGAGGGAAGUACGCUCGGAUUACUUUGGCUCGAGAGGUGCAGCGACCUCGCAAGCACCUAGCUAGUGGAACAGAGCUUCUUGAGCAAGACAUCAUAGAUGCAGACUUCUUCAACUGCGCUGAGAUGAUUAUGAAAGAGGUAAGAGUAUCCUUUGCACGGGAAUAUUAGCUCAUCACAUUCCAGAGUGAAUUUGUGCCAGAGGGCGUUCGGACUGUAGCUACAUACUUCGACAUUGAUGCUGACGCGGAAACUUUUGAUGCGAGCCCUAUUGUGAUAUGCGUGCCGAACAAAGAUGCCGCUGAAUGUAUUUCCGGCACGCGAUUUGGUGUUUUGCAUCUGAGAGCCGUCCCGUCGGCGUUGUAGAUAUAGCACCAGCCCUGGCGGGUAUUAAAGUCGGUGACCUUCGACGUGUGGGAGACGCGCGCCUGUUCUGGCUCCGUCUGGGGGUACAAAUAGGCGCAGAAAUCACAAUGACGGCAUCGUGGAGACCCGACGGGCGCAAGGCUAAAGUGGACACAGGCUACAUUUGUUCUCGACAACCUUGAACUGCCUGAGAAGGCAUUGUUGAAUGACUUUCGCGCUCCAGUACAGCAACGUGAGGGCUCUGAUUCAAGCAUACGCGAAGACACCUUGCCAGACCAUAUUAAGAGGCUAAGGACUCAUGAUCCAGCUUUCACACCUACUCCAUCCUGUUGGGGUAAGUUCUCCCUUGUUAGCAUUCAACCCCUCGCAAAUAAAAUCCCUCGCAAAUAAAAUCCCUCGCAAAUAAACUGACACAACUGAUCAACAUGAACAGGUGUUGCCGAUCAGCCUCGUGCAAGCAACGUAGACCCCGGGUCUACUUUGCCGACGAACGAGGGAAGCGAAGGUUUCGUCAGAUUGGCUGAAGUUCAAAGAAAGAGAAGUUUCUCUGAUGUUGGCGAAGAGCAGACUUCCCAGAGAUAUGCCCGUGAUGUUGUUCAGAGCCAGCAGCAGAGGUUAUUCGACCAGUAUCAAACCCCAUAUCCAAACUCGCCCCUACUCCCAUUGCCCCCGAUUACGGGCGGUACGCCGUUUGUCAAUACAGGACAUCCACAGAUCUGGCCUGCCAGCUUUUCACACCAGCAAAUGCCAAUGUGGACUUCGCCAGAACCAGGCCCGAUAAGUUCACUGGCGCAAGCUCAGCACGGGUUACAUGACAAAGACGAGAGGCGAUUAGUUGAUCCGCAGCAACUUCAGCAGCAACUUAACGAACCUCGGACACGAGCAGUCGGGACAGGGUCAAAGUUUAACGCUGAGAACCAAGUUCCACUAAUUACAACAACACUGCAGUUUCCCGGCAAUAGUGAGGGUUGGGCUACGAACAAUGGUGGAAUGCCGUGGUCAAGUACGUCACCUAGCUCUGAAACUCAUUCAGUACCGCUAUAUCUAACCUCAAACUUUCUACCACAGCUCGGCCCAAUUGAACGCACUCUAGCAAUUUGGGUGAAGAAAAGUAUUCCACGUCCCGCGGAUGCUGUAAUUGAAACCAAGGCUCGCUUUUUUACGGCUAUGUGUGGGAAUGAUGACGAUUGUGCCUUGGUCAAUACUACUGGUUGGGUUGAGCGGUUUAAGGAAAGGAAUGGUAUUCUUAAUAUCCCAUAUCCAAACUCGCCCCUACUCCCAUUGCCCCCGAUUACGGGCGGUACGCCGUUUGUCAAUACAGGACAUCCACAGAUCUGGCCUGCCAGCUUUUCACACCAGCAAAUGCCAAUGUGGACUUCGCCAGAACCAGGCCCGAUAAGUUCACUGGCGCAAGCUCAGCACGGGUUACAUGACAAAGACGAGAGGCGAUUAGUUGAUCCGCAGCAACUUCAGCAGCAACUUAACGAACCUCGGACACGAGCAGUCGGGACAGGGUCAAAGUUUAACGCUGAGAACCAAGUUCCACUAAUUACAACAACACUGCAGUUUCCCGGCAAUAGUGAGGGUUGGGCUACGAACAAUGGUGGAAUGCCGUGGUCAAGUACGUCACCUAGCUCUGAAACUCAUUCAGUACCGCUAUAUCUAACCUCAAACUUUCUACCACAGCUCGGCCCAAUUGAACGCACUCUAGCAAUUUGGGUGAAGAAAAGUAUUCCACGUCCCGCGGAUGCUGUAAUUGAAACCAAGGCUCGCUUUUUUACGGCUAUGUGUGGGAAUGAUGACGAUUGUGCCUUGGUCAAUACUACUGGUUGGGUUGAGCGGUUUAAGGAAAGGAAUGGUAUUCUUAAUAACCCUCUGUAG